CCCUCUACUCCAAGCCCAACUUGAGCCUGGAACCCAACAGAAACUUGAAGCCGGGCGACCUGGUCACCGUGACGUGCCACGCCUUCGCCGGGUAUCCGGAGGCCACGGUGCUCUGGCAGGACGGCCGGGGCAACAACCUCACGGAGAACGUCACCACCUCACAAGUGGCCAACGAGGAGGGCCUCUUCGACGUGCACAGCAUCCUCCGGGUGGUGCUGGAGCCGUACAGCACCUACAGCUGCCUGGUGAAGAACCCCCUGUUGGAACAGGAGACCCACACUUCCGUCACCAUCACAGGCCAGCAUCUCGUCUUCCCAGCCGUGGCUCUCUGGGUCAGUGUGGGACUGGCCGUCUGCCUCCUCGUCCUCUUGGGCACCCUGGCCUACGUGUGUCAGAAGAAAAUCCGCCAGAGCUGCAAAGAAGAGAAAGAGAAGGCUGGGGAACAAGAGGACGGAGAAGGAUCCAAGACAGCUUUGCAGCCUCUGAAGAACAUGGAAAUCAAAGAAGGUAAAGAUAGAGAUGUGAAGGCCCAGAAAGAA